UGAGUAGCAGGUUUUCCCUCCUCCUAUAUAAACCGCGCGCUCCCGCUCCUACUGCAGUCAGUCCUCAUCCAGCCCGGCCACCAUGAGCUACACGGUAGAGCACCACCUCUUCGGCCCGACCUCGUACCGCAAGGCUCGGCCAGCCUUCGGCUCCUCCAGCGGCUUCCACUCCCAGCGCCGCCGCCUCCCCCACGGCCACCCGCCCUCCGUGGACGGCUUGGACAACUUCAGCGGCGACAUGAGCCGGAGGAACGAGAAGGAGAUUCUGCAGACUCUGAAUGACCGGUUCGCCGGGUACAUCGACAAGGUGCGCAACCUGGAGAUGCACAACCGCAACCUGGAGGCGGAGGCGGCGGCUCUGAGGCAGAGCAACGCCGGGCGCGCCUCCAUCGGGGAGCACUACGAGCGAGAGCUGGGCGACCUGAGGGAUCUGCUGCAGCAGCUGACCGGGGAGAAGACCCGCACGGCUCUGGAGCAUGAGCACCUGGAGGAGGACAUCCAGCAGCUGCGCGUCAGGCUGGAAGACGAGGCGCGAAACCGGGAAGAGUUGGACGCUGCCGCGCGCGCCAUGAAGAAGUAUGUCGACGAGUGCCGGAUGGCGCGCACGGAGCUGGACAAGAAGCUUCGUGCGUUGGAGGAGGAGGCCGUUUUCCUGAAGAAGAAUCACGAGGAAGAGGUGUCGGAGCUCCUCCAGCAGAUUCACGGUGCGCAGGUGAGCUUCGACAUGCGGGACGCUGUUAAGACUGACGUCACCGGCGCUCUGCGGGAGAUCCGUGCGCAGUUGGACGGCCACGCAUCCAAGAGCUCCACGCAGGCCGAGGAAUGGUUCAGAGUGCGUAUGGAGCAUCUCUCCGAAGCUGCUCGGUCCAACCAAGGUGCAAUUCGGGGAAGCCAGGAGGAGAUCGUAGAGUACCGCCGUCAGCUCCAGAGCCGCACGAUCGAGCUGGAGACUCUUCGGGGUACCAAGGAGUCGCUGGAGAGGCAGUGUAUGGAAAGUGAAGACAGACACCACGACGACCUCAACUCCCUACAGGGGACCAUCAACCAGCUGGACAAUGAGCUGAAAAGCACCAAGUGGGAGAUGGCUAGCCAGCUGAAGGACUAUCAGGAGCUGCUGAACGUGAAGAUGGCUUUAGAUAUUGAGAUUGCUGCCUAUAGGAAGUUACUGGAGGGAGAGGAGAAUCGCUUUGUGUCAGGAGGAGGUCCGUACUCUUACAUGGAGAGCAGAAUCUCUUCCCACAUGAAGGUGAAAGGAGAGGAGAUAUCAGAUACCGUCAUAGUGGAAGAACAGACAGAUGAGACCCAGGUGACGGAGGUGACAGAGGAGGCAGAUGAAGAGGAGGAGGAAGAGAAAGAAAAAGAGGAAGGCGAAGAAACCAAAGAAGAGGAGGAGGAAGGAGAGAAGGAGGAAGAAAAAGUAGAAGACAAGGAGGAGGAGGGGGAGGAGAAGGCUGAGGAGGCUGCUGAGGAAGAGGAUGAUUCCAAAUCUACAGGAAAGGCUGCAUCCCCUGUGCCUGACUCUCUUGCUGUCAAAUCACCCCAAUCUAAAUCACCAGCAGCCAGCUCACCGGUGCCCAAAUCCCCGACCAAGUCACCUAUGGUCAAAUCCCCGACCAAGUCACCUGAGGUCAAAUCCCCGACCAAGUCACCUGAGGUCAAAUCCCCGACCAAGUCACCUGAGGUCAAAUCCCCGACCAAGUCACCUGAGGUCCAAUCCCCAGCAGGAGACGAGUCAAAGUCCCCAACCAGCAAAUCCCCUGAUUCCAAAUCUCCUCAUCCCGAAACCCCUGAGCCACAGUCUCCAGAGAAGGAGAAGGUCAAGCCUGCUGCUGCCGAAGACCCCCCUAAAGAGGAGAAAUUACAAGAGAAGCCUCAGCCGGUCAAAGAGGAGAAGAAGGAGAAAGAACAACCUGUGAAGGAGGAGGAGAAGAAGAAAGAGCCAGUGAAGGCAGACCAAGCAGAUGCAAAGAAAGAAAGCAAAGAAGAGGAAGCUCCAAAGAUGGAUGACGCGUCGAAACCGGCUGCUCCCAGCAAGCCCUCAGAGGACAAACCGGCCCCCAAGUCUGAGCCCAAAGAAUCUGCUCCCCCCGCCAAGGAGGAGAAACCCGCUGCUCCUAAAUCAGAGAAGGCCGAGGCUGAGCCAAAGCCCGCCCCUAAGGAAGAGCCUGGGAAAACAGAGGUAAAGAAGGAGGAGAAGAAGCCAGAGGAGAAGAAGCCAGAGGAGAAGAAGCCGGAGGAGAGGAAGCCAGAAGAGACGUCUGUACCUAAAGCAGAACCAGAGAAAACUGAGAGCAAAAAAGAUGAGAAGAAGCCAGAGCAAAAAAAGGAAGCUGGUAAAGAGGAGAGUAAGGAGGUGAAGGAGGAAGGAAAGGCGGAGAAGUCUUCUGGCACAGAGUCAAAGGGUGCCAUUGAGGAAAAGGUCAAGAAGUGAGUGGGAAAGGCUGUGAUUUAAGGCACGAGAUGACAAGGAGGUGAAGAUGCCAAAGAACUGAAGGAGGAGGGUAGCUUAAAGAGCAGGAGAAAAGGGGUUGGAAGUACCCAGCUGCUCAGAUCAGGCGCUUUAAGCAGGUGAUGGUAUGUAAGCAAUAGUGAUCUCUGUAGCAAAUAACCCCCCUGUGCUCCCUAAGUAUGGCCAUUACAACCCCCCGAUGCUUCUGAUGUAUGACUAGUGAAUGCAGAAUGCUCUUUACUCUUAUUGUGAAUAUGACAACAGCCCUCAAUUAAUAUCAAGUGCAUUUAAAGUGAAUCCCGAUAACGGGGGCUGCGGCAAACGCCUUUGAGGGUUAGAGAUGUCAAAAUAAUGUCAAGCUAAUGAUUGUGACAGAUAUUGAAUAUAAACACAUAUAUUUAAGGAGAUACAAAUGUCUAUAUUAUAUCUACAGAUACGUCAGUAAGGAAGACCUGCAUUUUGCUUGUUGUGCACCUUAAAGCUGCUUCCCCUGACAGGUGAACUGCAGCGUCUCACUCUUCUGGUCUGCACUGCUAGGACAAUGAUGAGUAUGUGUUAUGUAUAAACUGCUGAGAAUAUGCAAUAUGAAACAGAUAAAUAAAGAAUGAAAUCAAACACGUUG